AAUAAUUUGUAAAUGAGUUGAAGCUCCACCGCACAAUCCGCCAAACAUGAUCUAUGGCAUCUCCCUCACUGAUAUCCUAUCCAUGAUUACACACUAUCAUCACGAGAUAAACUAAGUACCCAAAUCCCUGCGCCAAAAUCUCCAGAACAAACUUACACCUGGAUUGAAACACCCGUGCAUAUACCAUGGUUGAUACCACCAAAACGGUGCGUUUCGGCAUCUUAGGUUGCGCCGAAAUCGCUCGGAAAGUGGCUCGAGCCAUUGACCUCGCCCCCAACGCCACUCUCAGCGCCGUGGCGAGCCGUUCCAAGGAGAAGGCCGAGAAGUUUGCCUCCGAGAACGGGUUUCCGGCAAGCGUGAAGAUUUACGGGAGCUAUGAUCGGCUGUUGGAAGAUCCAGGCGUGGAUGCCGUGUACGUGCCACUCCCCACAAGUCUGCACGUGCGGUGGGUGGUUUUGGCUGCCGGUAGAAAGAAACACGUGCUGGUGGAGAAGCCCGCGGCUCUUGAGGUGGCGGAGCUUGAGCAGAUCCUGGCAGCGGUCGAAUCUAACGGCGUGCAGUUCAUGGAUGGGAGCAUGUGGUUGCAUCACCCUAGAACUGCCCACAUUCAACAGUUGUGCUUCGUUCCGAGCUCUGCUAAAAGCAUUGGACCAAUUCAUUUUAUCCACAGUACAGGAACAAUGCCAGCAACACCUGAAUUUCUAGCGAGUAAUAUCAGGGUAAAGCCGGAGUUGGAUGGUCUUGGUGUACUUGGUGACUUGGCCUGGUACAGCAUUGGUGCUUCCCUGUGGGCAAAGGGCUACCAAUUACCAAUCACUGUCACGGCUCUUCCUGAUGUCAAAAGAAACAGUGCGGGAGUCAUCUUGUCCAUCACAGUUUCUUUGCUGUGGGAUCAACCAAUCCAAACACUAGCAACCAUUCACUGCUCCUUUCUUUCUCACAUCUCCAUGGACCUGGUUAUAUGUGGUUCCAAUGGCUCUGUGCAUCUCAGGGACUUUACAAUCCCGUACCAAGAGACCAGUGCCUCGUUUGAUGUCACAUUUGGAGCCAAAUUUGUUGACCUUCACAUUGGAUGGAAUGUGAAACCAGAGGAGGUUCAUGUGGUCAAUGAGCUCCCACAAGAAGCUCUAAUGGUGCAAGAGUUUUCAAGGCUUGUUUCAGGUAUUAAAGAUUGUGGUUCUCAACCAUCUACCAAAUGGCCUGAAAUCAGUAGAAAGACUCAACUGGUAGUUGAUGCAGUAAAUAAGUCACUAGAGCUUGGCUGUAAAUCUGUUUCCUUGUAGCAGGAUGGUUACAAAUAAUCCAAAACUUUCUUAAAACACCCUCAUUUCCAUCAGAAAUGCCCUUAAGCCAACUGUGAGUGUUUCAAAAUUGGAAUGGAUCACCAUGGUCUACUAAAAAAGGAAGCUUUUGGAACUGCUAUUCCUAAUCAGUUUCGAGGAGUGAUUGUAACAAGAGAUACAGAUCAUUUUGACCUCUCUCAGAAUCGUUAAUGUUGAUGUAAGUAGUAUGAAUGAUAAAAUUUGCCAUCGGAACCAUUUAUUAACUUCCGUUAAUUGUAGUUUUUCACUUCAGUCACUAGUAAAAUUAGGGGAUGCUGUUGCGGAGACGUUUGGAACUUUUAAGACAAAAAUCAUCACCCUUCUGGAUCUA